GAACUGGAAUACUUUUGCUCCGCCUACUUCGGCAUUCAUCUAUGCGUCCGGUACCAGCUGAAAAAAAGAGUUGCGAAAACCCUCAUCCUCCGUCCUUCUUGGUUUCCAGAGUGUUAGCCGGCGUGGGUGGUUCGUUCGCUGCGAUCCGCCGCUACUAGGGGUCCAACUUGUCCUCUCUUGGUCCUGUCUUCUCCGUCCUGUUUUGCCGUCGUCCUCUUCGCGUCGCAUCGCCAGAACCUCUUCUCCCUUUUGGUCUGUUGUUUAUCUGGUUUGAGGAAGCCUGUGGUUCUUCUCCCAAUCCCGUGCCUUAAGUCGUCUGUUGGUUCUUAUGGGCGAAGCAAGUGAAAAUACCUCUAAAGAAACUGCACGUGAACAUGAAGUUACAGAAGACCAGACUUUCGAAGAACUAGGAUUGGAUGCACGCCUAGUUCAUGCCUUACUCAAAAAGGGAGUGGAGAAACUCACUCCAAUUCAACAGGUGGCCAUUCCACUCAUAUUGGAAGGUAAGGAUGUGGUUGCUCGGGCAAAGACAGGUUCUGGCAAGACAUUUGCAUACCUUCUUCCAUUGCUUCAAAAAUUGUUUACUAAUAAUGUUCAAAGAAAGAAGCUAUCACCCAAUGCAUUCAUUCUUGUGCCAACUCGAGAACUAUGUCAACAGGUAUACGCAGAGGUUUCCUCCCUUAUAGAAUUAUGCAGAGUUCAGUUGAAAGCUGUGCAAUUGACAAGCAAUAUGAAGGCUUCUGAUCUGCGGGCAGCAAUGACUGGACCACCUGAUGUAUUGAUUUCCACUCCUGCUUGCAUUGCUAAAUGCUUGUCCACUGACAUACUUAAAUCAACAUCCAUUAACAGUUCCCUUGAAACUCUAGUUCUUGAUGAGGCAGAUCUUCUGUUGUCAUACGGCUAUGAAAAUGAUAUAAAAGCCUUUUCAGCUCAUGUGCCUAGAAGUUGCCAAUGUCUUCUAAUGUCCGCAACAUCAAGUGCUGAUGUUGACAAGCUAAAGAAGUUGAUUCUGCACAAUCCCUUUAUUUUGACUUUGCCUGAACUAGGAAAUCAGAAGGAUGAGAUUAUCCCUAAAAAUGUUCAACAAUUUUGGAUCUCAUGCCCUACCAGUGAUAAGUUGCUUCACAUCCUUGCCUUGUUGAAGUUGGAGCUGGUCCAAAAGAAAGUUCUAAUAUUUACCAAUAGCAUAGACAUGAGUUUCAGAUUGAAACUAUUCUUGGAAAAGUUUGGGAUCAAGUCUGCUGUUUUAAACGCUGAGUUGCCACAGAAUUCUCGUCUUCAUAUUCUUGAGGAAUUCAAUGCUGGCCUCUUUGAUUAUCUUAUUGCAACUGAUGACAGCCACAUAAAGGAGAAGGAUGAAGCAACUAAGCAAAGUAAUGGUGAGUUGUGGCGGUCCAAAAAACAUGUCAAGCAAAAACUAGAUUCUGAAUUUGGAGUUGUGAGGGGAAUUGACUUUAAAAAUGUGUACACGGUUAUGAACUUAGAAAUGCCUCAAAGUGUUGCAGGAUAUGUCCAUCGAAUAGGACGUACUGGAAGAGCAUACAAUUCAGGCUCUUCUAUAUCUUUGGUUUCUCCUGAUGAGAUGGAAACUUUGGAUGAAAUAAAAUCUUUUGUUGGGGAUGAUGAAAGCAAUGGUUCAAGCACAAUUGCUGAAUUUCCAUUGCUCACUAAGAAUGCUGUGGAAUCUUUACGUUAUCGGGCUGAGGAUGUUGCAAAGAGUGUGACAAAAAUUGCGGUUCGUGAAUCACGAGCCCAGGAUUUGAGGAAUGAAAUUCUCAACUCUGAAAAACUGAAGGCACACUUUGAAUCUAAUCCAAGGGACCUAGAUUUAUUGAAGCAUGACAAAGUUUUGAGCAAAAAUGCCCCGCCGGCACACCUACGUGAUGUGCCAGACUACCUAGUUGACAAAACAACGAAAGAGGCAAGGGAAAUGGUCAAGCUUGCAAGGGAAGCAAUGGGAAAUAAUAAUCGAUCCCGGGGAUCCAGGAGGAAGAAGUUCAGAAAAGGUGGAGACCCUCUCAAGGCUAUAUCUGCCAAGGUAUCAAAAAGACCACACAAAGGAGAUGGACAUAAACGCAGGAAGAAAAAUGAAGUUUGAUUAGCAUGGUUCUUCAACAAAGCCUAUAGCCUCCUGGAUUGCGUUUGGGAGGCUCCACAAUUUUGUACCCAUCAUCUUCAUUGAUUCAAUCAUCUUUUUUUAUGGAAUGAAAUUUGAAAAUGCCAUGUGUGUCUGUAUGUUGCACAAGCACCGCGUUGCUCAGUGCUCUAUGCAGAGAGGCAUGCAAAUGCGAGGCACUUUUUGUGGUACUUGCGGAGCAGGUAAGUGGUGCUUGUUGAGAAUGUGUUGCUUAUUUUUGUAGUUGUUUCUUUUUUCUUUCUUUCUCAAAUAGAGAUUAAAUGUAUUCUGGUUUAACAAGAAGUCUGAUCUCCCGUUAGGUGAUGUCACAUGAUAUUAUUAUGUUCUAUGAACACUUGAGUUAUUCAUCAAUAGAUACCAUCCCAUAACUUCAAA